AUGGGGACCCAGAAAGUCGUAAUCCCCAAAGGAUUGGUCAAGCCGAACGAGACUACAAUUAUUGAAAUCCCCGGUGCUUUGCAGAACGUGCCCACGGUGGUGGCGCGACCUAAACCCGGCACCAGGGGCUCGCCGGCGCGACGAGCGCCGUCUCCGUACCAGGGGUUCCGACCUGGGGCCGCCUCCUCCCGGGGGAACUCCCCAGCGCGGACGCCCCCGUCGGUGCAGAAAUACGCCUCGUCGUCAAUGGGCACUCCGGAAUCCUACUACAGUCGGUCUGUUUCGUCCGGGGGGCAGAACCGGAUUUCGGAAGAAGUGUCUUACUAUUCGACCACUCCGGAGGACCCUUGCCCGUGUUCGGGGGAGUCCUCGAGUGGGGGCUACCAACGCUUCGAUUCUUCCGAUUCCGGGGCUUACAAGCGCUUCGAUUCGGACUCUGGCGGGGGCCAAAUCACCCCAAACGAUGUCAUGAACUCGCUGUCGCAGCUGGAGUCGGCUGAACUUAACCGCAUUAUGGACAACCUCGAGAAGUUCCAGAAAGCUCGAAGAGCCCUAGUGCAGGAAGCCUCGAACCUCCCCACGGCCGGGGACUUGUCCAGCAUGUUAUUAAAUCCUUAGCUUAGUAGUCUUUGUAACUGUCAGUUUUGACAAACCUAUUAAAAUUUUCGUGUAAAU